UUUGCUGCAGUAACACUCCAAGGUGAACACUCCCUCAGCCAUGGUUUUCUGUGGUCGUGUUAACCCAACAACAGGGGCGCUGGACUGGGUGGAAGAAGAUGAGGACUACGAUUAUCACCAAGAGAUUGCCAGAUCAUCGUAUGCUGAUAUGUUACAUGACAAGGACCGUAAUGAGAAGUAUUAUCAAGGAAUCCGUGCAGCUGUGAAGAGGGUAAAAGAAAGAGGGGAGGAAGCCAUUGUUUUAGAUAUUGGGACUGGAACUGGACUUCUGUCAAUGAUGGCAGUCACAGCUGGAGCAGACUAUUGUUAUGCUAUCGAGGUGUUUACUCCUAUGGCAGAGGCAGCCAUCCAAAUAGUAAAAGCUAAUGGCUUUGGUGACAAGAUCAAAGUUAUCAACAAGCAUUCAAAGGAAGUGACAUUGGGACCAGAUGGAGACAUGAUGCAGCGUGCCAACAUCCUCAUCACAGAACUGUUCGAUACAGAGCUUAUAGGAGAAGGGGCCCUGCCUAGUUAUGAGCAUGCUCAGCAAAACCUCAUGCAGGAGCGGUGGGAAGCAGUACCUCAUCGGGCUACAGUAUAUGCCCAAGUGGUGGAAUCUCACAGGCUUUGGAGCAUGAAUAAGCUACUCCCCAUAAACUUGGACCAUGGGCUCAUCAAACCUCCACUCGAACUUCAGACCUGUCCUGGAGCUCCAUCAGUGUGUGACGUCCAGCUUAGCCAGCUGAGCACAGAUGACUUCAAUACACUCAGUGAUAUCAUGGUCAUCUUCAGAGUGGAUUUCAGCCAGCAGGUCAGCAGCACUACAGUCUCUCAUCCUGUAAACUUUACAUCUAAUGCCAAUGGAGAAGCGCAGGUGGUUCUGUCAUGGUGGGACAUAGAUAUGGACCCUGAAGGAACAAUCAAUUGUACCAUGAAGCCAGGCUGGCUGUAUUCCGAUGACCAUUCUGUCCCUUGGCGGGAUCACUGGAUGCAGUGUGUGUAUUUCUUACCUGAGGAGAGGAAGGUGACGCUGGGGGAGGAGCUGUGUCUCACUGCUCAUCAAGAUGACUAUUGUGUGUGGUAUACGCUUAUGAAGCCUGGUGCGGAGGAUAGCAGCCCAGUAUCGGAUGAACGUCCUAUUUGUCACUGCGGAGCCCAUAUUAUUUGGAACCGUACGCGGUUUGGGGAAUUGAAUGACCAGGGCAGAUUGAAGAAGUACAAAGAAGCCAUGAGGAAGGUCCUAAAACCAAGCUCUGUAUGCAUGUGUAUAAGUGAUGGGAGUUUGCUUCCCUUGCUGGCUCAUACUAUGGGAGCAGCUCAGGUCUUCACAGUAGAGUCAUCUUCCAUGUCCCAGCAAGUCAUGCAGAAGCUUUUGCAAACCAAUCACCUCAAAGGGGCCAUUCCAGUCCUACAGAAAUCACCAGAAAAAAUUACUCUUCCGUGGCACAAUCUGUACUUCUGGUACUCCCGCAGUGCUCUGUCAGACAACCUUGUUGAGGGCUGCACUGUAUUUCCCAUGUCUGCUACUCUUUAUGUCCUGGCUGUGGAAUUUAAGGAUCUUUGGAGGAUCCGGAGUCCGUGUGGAAUCUGUGAAGGGUUUGAUGUCUCCAUUAUGGAUGCAAUGAUCAAGAAAUCCCUUGAUUUCCGAGAAUCCCAGGAGGCCGAGCCCCAUGCUCUAUGGGAAUAUCCCUGCAGAGCACUUUCUCAGCCAGUAAAGGUCAUGACAUUUGACUUCCGAAAGACGAUCCCAGUUAAUGAUGUGAAGUCCGAGGGCUCUGUGAGCCUAGUGAGGUCAGGAAGGUGUCAUGGGGUUGUACUCUGGAUGGAAUAUCAGCUCACAGAAGACAUUUCGGUCAGUACUGGCCUGUUGGAAGUGUCUAAUGAGAAGGGUUACUGCCAGUGGUAUCCACACAGCAAGCAAGGAGUCUUCUUCCUAAAUUCUGUCCUGGAGCUGGGGCCAUCCUCUACGCAGACCUAUAGCUCUGUCACCUAUCAGCUGACUUUCAGUCCCAAACUGGGGGACAUUGAAAUGAAUUUUCUCCCUAACCCUUAACACUUA